UCUCCACCACCUUCUCGCCGGCUCGUCGCGUUUGCUGCUUCAAGUGCCCGCAGCUCAUUUUCCACCAUGGCGUACGGAGGCUCUUACAACGCCUCGUUCAACCCGGCAAUGUCGAGUAGCGAGUCUUUUGGAAAUGGCCUCCUCGCCUCGUCGAUUUCCUCCCUCUCGUCGUCCGGCUCCAAACGCUAUUCGCCCGUGUCCAAGACGUACCGACAAGCUUCAACGCUGUUCCUGACGCGUCGACUGCCCGAGGCCCUCAGCACACUGCGCCCCAUCAUCACGCCUCCCAGCUCUGCUGACGAUGGCGAGCCAGCCCCGGUAACCAAGUCUUCGCGAGGGACGAGGAUCAAGGUCUGGAGCUUGUACCUGACACUCCUGAACGCAAUUGUCGAGCUGGAGCCCGAGGAAGGCAAGGACGCCUUUGGCAACCAGGAGUGGCGAGCGCUGUGCACCAAAGUGCGAGACGGCUCUAUCUGGGAGGAAGUGGUCCGGAAUGGAUAUCACGGACUGGAAGGAGAUGUUGACGCCGACGUCGUCAUCAACUUGGCGACGCUAUCACUUGCGCAUGCGCGCGACCAAGCUCUUAAUCAGAAGAUGCUGGAAAACUACCUGGCCUCCUCGAACAUUCCCAAUCUUGACCUGAAUGACUUUGCAAAGCCAUCGAACCGUUACCAGUCCCCUGCCAGGAGAGCCAACGGCGCAAACACUCCCGGAGAUUUAAAUUCACGAGUCAAGCUUCUAGAACUCUAUACGCUCCACGUCCUUCCCCAAAACAACGAGUGGGACUAUGCUCGUGAAUUCAUUGAUGUGAGCGCUGUCCUCGAUGAGGAGCGCAGAGAAGCUUUCCAACAAGCUCUGCAGAGUUUACAGGACGAGCAGGAAGAACAGGAGCGCAAAGACCGGGAAGAGCUAAAGCGGCAAGAGGAACAGCUACAGAAAGACAUUGCCGAGGCAAAGCGGCUAAAGGCCGAGAAUGAAGAGAAGGAAAAGAAACGGCUUGAACAGGAACGAAUCAGCCGAGAGACCAGCGAGGGCGACUAUGGUAUCGAGCAGACUCCCAGCUUUAGCGGAGUGGGAAGAGCCGAACCCCCUGGAUCGCCCCAAAGCAGCGUCGCGCGCCCUCCACGCCCGACUGGAAAGUCACGAUCAAAAGCCGGCGCAUCGUCAGCGGCGGCAGGGCCCCUAACUAUUACAGCACGAGCCACCUUGAUCCUAUCCCGCUUUCGACAGCUAUUUGAGAGUCUUGCGAGCUCCGUCACAGGCAAUCCCGCGAUACUAAUGCGGGUCAUGGCUUUCACCAUGGGCCUCCUCAUCAUGCUCGGCCACAAAGCUACGCGGCAGCGAAUUGAGCAAAUCAUGAGGACGGCGUGGGCGAAAGUUGCAGCGACGGUGGGAAUGGGAACCAAGGUGAGCUACAUUUAAAAGAGCAUGGACGCUUGGACUGGAUUGUACACCAGACUUAUAUAUAAUUUUUCCUUUGUGUUAUUUUUUUUUUUUUUUGUAUCUUCUCUGCAUGAGACGGAGUUUUAGUCUUGGAUAGCUGGUAUUAGCUGUACCGUGUACCACCUUUGUCCUGGCGGACACGAUAAUUAUGAUGAAUAUGCCUUUAUUUCUAGCUUUCAAUCUAUAGAAACGUGUCUAGAUUUGAGUCGUGCUGCUGAAGGCGGUUGCCACAUGAAUUUGCCCAGACGAGAAAUGUUCAAAUUGCAGACAAAGUGCCAAUGGUACCCCGUAACCAAAACGCCGCCAAACUCCAAUCCAUAUGUAUGAUUAAUUCCAAUUUGAUAUAUAUAGUAUUUGUUUUUAAAUAAUCCACCGCUACUGUCCUGCCCAAACCCGGGCCACUGCUGGGCUAGUAAUUUGCUUGCCGAUUCGUUUUCUUUUGGUAGAAUAA